AUGUGCAACAUGCGGAGAGGGUUCAGCUUUACCAGAGAAGGAAAGUUCUGGGGUCUGUGCAUUCUCCUGCUCUACACCAGCCCUCAUUUCUGCCUUUCAAAGUUCAGCCAUCUCGUGUAUAAGAUAAAGGAGGGCUUACCAAAAGGGAUUCUCAUAGGAGCUGUCGGCGACGACCUAAAGUUGGAUUUUUCUGUUGAGCCUCCGCUUUUGUUUUAUCUGGAGCUAAGACAGACUAGUUCUCAGUAUGUGAAUCUUGAUAAUUCCACCGGUUUGCUUUACACCUCAGACGUGCAGAUUGACCGAGAGGCUCUUUGUGAGGAUUCCCACGAGGGACAGGGCUGCACUAUCUUUCUGGAUGUGAUGAUUUUGCCACAGCAGUACUUUCAGCUAGUUAAGGUCAAAAUCAUUGUUGAAGACGUCAACGACAACAGGCCCUAUUUCCCAGUCAGUGAAAUCAGGGUUUCUGUGCCUGAAAAUGCUCAAGUGAAUGCCAGGUUUGCAGUGGAGCAGUCUGCCGUCGACCCUGAUAUAGGCAUUCAUGGAGUUCAGACCUACUGGCUGGUUAAUGACUAUGGAGUUUUUACACUGGAUGUUGAGGAGAAUGAAGUGGGCGAGCUUACUCCUUUCUUGAUUAUUACAGAGUCACUUGACAGGGAAACACAAGGGGAAUACGUGACUGAUAUCAUCGCUGAAGACGGAGGUUCUCCACCACUUUUGGGAACUGCUACUCUUCGAAUCAUAAUUACAGACGUCAAUGACAACUGCCCCAAGUUCACAGAGUCUCUGGUGAAUGUGACACUCUUUGAAAACACCACCAGAGGCUCACAAUUGGCUCGGCUCCAUGCCUUUGACCUAGAUCAGGGUGCUAAUGGUCAGAUAACUUAUGCUUUCAGUGAGCGGGUCAGCCGAGAAACCAGGAACCUGUUUCAUUUGGAUAAAGACUCUGGGGUAAUUAAGUUAGCAGGGAAAAUUGGUACAGACACUGGAAAAUUUUACAAGUUGGUUGUGCUGGCCAAUGGACCAGCCUGCAUACCGGAUAUAGCUACAGUAACAGUCCAUGUUUUUAAGGGGGUUUCUGGUCCACCAGUCAUUUUACCGCGGUAUAUCGCUUCAGAGAAAGAUGGUGUGGUUUCUCUGAGUGAAUCAGAACCACCAUUUUCCCCAGUUGCAUUUUUUACGAUAAAAAAUGCAGACCCAAAGCAGGAGGUGGUAUGCCUUUUGGAAGGUACUGGACCCUUUAGGCUAGUGCCUUAUAAAGAAGUAAAAAAUGAGUACAUCCUGGAGACUACUGAUCUUUUGGAUUAUGAGCAGCAAAAGGAUUAUAAACUUACUUUGGUGGUCAAAAACAACCAUGGUGUGGUUGUUAAGACUGCAAUAAAGGUGCAGGUAUUGGACUUUAAUGACAAUGCUCCCAAAUUUAAGCAAUCAGUUAUUGAUGUAAAAAUUGAGGAAAACAAUAAUCCAGGCACAUUCCUAGCGAAACUUCAGGCCACUGAUGAGGACAGUGAGAGCAGAGGGGAGGUGCUUUAUCUUCUCGGGUCAGAUGCUCCCCCAGUUUUCCACCUGGAUCAAUUGACUGGAGUUUUGACAGUGAGGACAUCUCUUGACCGAGAGGAAAAGGAGACUUACCGGUUUAUAGUGCGAGCUGUUGAUGGCGGCACUCCAAGAAAGGAGUCUAUUGCCACCGUUGUGAUCACUGUACUGGACCGCAAUGACAACAGCCCUCAAUUUAUAAACAAAGAUUUUACUUUUUUUGUCUCAGAGAACUUUCCAGGCUUUGGUGAGAUUGGCAUGCUCUCUGUCACAGAUGCUGAUGCUGGGGAAAACGGCUGGGUGGCACUAUCAAUUGUCAAUGGAAGUGACAUAUUUGUGAUUGAUACAGGACGGGGGGCUUUGAGGGCGAAGACUUCAUUGGAUAGGGAGCAGCAAGGAACCUAUCAUAUUUGGAUUGAAGCAGUAGAUGGGGGAAAUCCUGCACUGUCCUCUGUCACAAUGGUCACAAUCCUGCUUCUGGAUGUCAACGACAACCCUCCAAUUGUGCUGUUUCCUCAGUCUAACCAGUCCUACAUGCUAGUUCUGCCUUCUACAACUCCAGGGACAUCCAUCACCGAGGUCUACGCGGUGGACAAGGACACUGGCAUGAAUGCGGUCAUAGCUUACAGCAUUGUCAAGCGGAAGGGUGGUGAACCAGGCUCCUUUGAUAUUGACCCAUACACAGGGAACAUUACUCUUAGGAAAGCCUUGAAUGACCGAGGUCUGUACAGCUUGCUAGUCAAGGUCAGUGACCAUGGCCAGCCUGAACCUCUCCAUGCCACAGUUUUGGUCAACCUGUUUGUCAAUGAGACCGUCAGCAACGAGAGCUACAUUCAGAAUCUGCUGAUCAGGGAAGCAGAGUUUGGGAUUGAGGAGGUCAGGCCACCAAACAGACUUGCCCAGGGGCCUGAGUACAGUGAACUUUUUCCCUGUCAGCCAUUACUUAUAGCACUAAGUGCCACCUGCCUAGGACUACUUUUAAUAGUGGUGUCACUGACUGCUUACAUCUGCUGUAAAAGGCAGAAAAAACAUAAAAAGAAAAGGUUAGAGGUGGAGAUUCCUUUAAAAAUGAACAGUGACAUGCAGGCCAUGGACAGAAAGCUAAUGGAACUUUCUAACAUAUAA